GUCCACCAUCACCUGAAUCUAUCGUGGAUUUGGAAGGAUUUGACUCACCAAUUGACCUGGAUUCUCAAAGGACCACAGAGAUCAUGGAUGACUUAAUCAACGAAGGUAUUGAGCUGCAACAUCCUGCCUUUUCACCUCCGUUUGAUCCAGUAGGUGCUCCAGCCACCAAGAUUCAGCCUUGUAGACCAAAGAAUGCAGCUGCCAGCAACAAAUGUGCUAAGAAGAAGGCAAAAAAAAUUGAAAUUAACACUGAUGAAGCUAUAGUUAAUGUCUCAUCCCAACUUGGUGAGCUGAAGCCAAUAAUCUUCAAGGCUGUGGAAGCUCUUGGCUCCAUAAUAGGUGAUCGUGAUGGUUACAACAGUAAGCAAGCUGCUUUGAUCAAGGAGAUAGGGAAAAUUGGAGGACUCACUCGUGACCAAGUCAUUGAUGCUGCUAUGGCUUUAGUGGACAACGAGCCAAAGACUCGACUUUUCUAUGCACUAGAGAGCGAGGAAGACCGGUGCUACUUCAUCAGGAGCUUGCUACGUUGACAUUAGUGGUGUAGGAUUGACUUCCUAGUCUAUUUUGCAGAACACAUGUGGGAUGUAUGCGAAACUUUUUUGUUUGUGCAAGGUUAGCUCAUGCUGGAAGUUUGGCGGUGGAAAACCAUCAUUUUGCUGAAGUUUCCUUUCAUCCCAAAUGUUAUAACUGUGUUAGACUUAUGAUUGCUGGUUUUAAACGGUUGUGAAAGCUAUUGGCAGGAACCUUCUUUAUAUUCUUCUGAUAUUAUUAAUUUUUUUUGUUUCGUCUUCUAGAAAGUUGCAGCUGGCUCAGUUUGGCUUGCAUCUAAACUAGAGGAAACUCCCAUAAGAGCAAGGCAGGUUAUCAUUGUUUUUCACCGGAUGGAAUGCCGCAGAGAGAAUUUGCCCAUAGAAUUUUUGGAUAUCAAUUCUAAGGUUAGAAUCAAUACCGCAUUGCAUU